AUGACCAUUAAUUGACCAAAAAGUUUCACACGAAACUCACCGAUUCGCUCUCUCACCCAGUUUUAUCCUCUGAUCUCAGUCCCUAUAUAAACAAACAACAAAUCACAAUCCUCGUAAUCUAUUUCACCAGCGGGAAAUUCUUCUAGCUUCCUCCACAGAAAUUAGCAGGAGCAGAUUAGCAAAUAAACGGAUAAAUCCUUACUUACAGUUACAGCUAUGAAUUCCAGGAGAGAUGUCCGAACCAAUAGAUCUCCUCUUUUUGAUGGCAUUGAGGAGGGUGGCAUCAGGGCCUCAUCUUCUUACUCUCACGAAAUUGAUGAGCAAGAUAAUGAAAGAGCUAUGGAAGGAUUGCAAGAUCGAGUCAUUCUUCUGAAGCGUUUGUCGGGUGAUAUUCAUGAGGAGGUAGAGACUCAUAAUCAUAUGCUGGACAGAAUGGGAAAUGACAUGGAUUCAUCCAGAGGACUUCUAUCAGGAACUAUGGACCGAUUUAAGACGGUGUUCGAGACGAAAUCAAGCCGGAGAAUGUUUACACUUGUGGCAUCCUUUCUGGUCAUAUUCCUUGUUGUAUAUUACCUCACUAGGUAAUCAAAACUAAUAUGGUGAUCCAGUUGCUAGUUUUUACGUUAGAUAUGGAAUCCAUUUUAUGUGGUCUUUUUUUUCUUUUCUAGUUGUGAGAUAUUGAGGGAUGUUUUUGUAAAGAUGUUGCAAUAUAUCAAGUCUGUGUUGGCUGUAUGGAAUUGGUGUAUAAGUGUGUCGUGGACGGUUAAUCUUCUUAGUAAAUACUAAAUACAGCUGAAGGUUAAAUUUCUUAAGUAAA